AAAGUGUUACUAAACCCAUAACAGUAAAAUCAGUCUGUAUAUGCAGUAAAGCAUGCUUGUUAUACUCACUGUGCAACCUAAGGGGUUAAUCCUCUGCAUUGUGUAAAAAGGCUGAUUGAUGCUGACUUUCUCUGAUACUCCUCUUCUUCCAGUGUCUCCUGAUAAGACAUAUCGUGUGGAGACACUCUGCACAUACUCAGUUUGGUGUGUAUUGCUAGAUGUUGUUUUUUUUUCUUGGGAGAGUGCAUGUGAUCAGCACAGAGCCAAUCAGCACUGUCCAGACAGAGGUCAGGGGUUCUGCAUCCUCCUAGAGGAGAAUGAAAACUCCUCC